AUGGGGUCCCAAUAUUUCGAGAAGAAGUCCAUUGCCAGCUUCUUGCGGGUGCUGGUGCGCAUGCACACCCCCGUCGAUCCUCACCCCGACGACGUCCUGGCCGUUCCCUCGCGCGACCCCGACCGCACCAUCAAAGUCCAUUUCUACCAAGACCCCGAUGCCGUCGACGCCGCCAAACCCGCUCCGGCCGUGGUCAACUUCUGCGGCAGUGGAUUCACCUUGCGAUAUUUCGGCACCGACGACGACUACUGUCAUUACAUCUCGCGUCGAACGGGGCGCGCCGUGCUGGACGUCAAAUAUCGCCUGGCCCCCGAACAUCCGUUCAAAGCCGCCUUCGACGAUGCCGAAGACGUCGUGAGCUGGGUGCGGUCGCAGCCCGAUCGCUUCGACCGCUCUUUUCUCUCGCUGUCCGGCUUCAGCGCCGGCGGCAAUCUCGCCUUGGCCGUGACUUCGUCUUCGCCGCUGUUCAUGAUCGGCGACGAUCUAGACUCCCGACCAGAGUUCCACUCCGUGCUGGCCUUCUAUGCCCCCAUGAACCUGUCGCAGCCCACGCCAGAGAAGCCGCAGAUUGACGACCGCAACCUGAUCAUGCGGAAGAUCUUCCCGCACAUCUCACACUUCUGCCACAAAUGCCUCAAUCCCGGGAGACUAGACACGGCCGACCCGCGCUUUUCGCCCAUCUUCGCAGACCCGCACAAUUUUCCGUCGAAGGUCCUGAUCGUCACGGCUGCACAAGACCCAUUCGCCAUCGAGGGCGAGGAGCUGGCCGAGAAGAUACGCCAUGCCGACGGACACCACGUCGUCUGUCAGCGCAUGGAACGCUGUCCUCAUGGUUGGGAUAAGAAGGCAAAGGACGGUACUCCGCAGGGCGAUGCCAAGCGUGAAGCCUACGACCUAGCUGUCGACAUGCUGCGCUCCUAA